GAUUGCUAAGCAUACAAUGCGUAUGCUGGAAUAGGAUAAUUGCGAUACCUGUAGAUAAAAUGACAGACAAUGGAAGACAUAUAAUAUUGGUAAAGGACGUCUCCGCAGAAUACUUAACUGCCGGUUUUUCGAAUUCUGUCAGCUGUUCGAAUGCCUAUGGGUUCUUCAGUGCAGAAUUAGCUCGAGAAAUAUUUCGAUCAUGCCUUUCAUUAAAUCUUCAACGAUGAAAGAUUGGAUUUUCUUAUCAAUUCUUCAAGGGAUUGGAAUGUUAUUGAAAACCAAUAAAUUAUCGUACCACAUUGAAGAAUUAAAAUACAUGUAUAUAUACGUAAAUGACCAUCAGUCCAUCACAGACUAUACAGCGCCAUCUGCUAUGAUGGUGAUGUGGUGACUUUAUUGCAGUACCUAUACCCGUAUACCUAUAUAGAUAUCAGUUCCUGCGUGCUCCAAUCGUCGAUACUGCAGAGUGGAAUAAACAUGUCGGUAUUGUAUUUUCUUCUCGACUUUCUGAAAGGGUAAAAGAGUUUUCUAUCCUUAUUGGAAGAAUUAGCUUAUUGAAGCUCGACUCGCGUUCGCGUAAAUUGUAUACUUACAAAUUUCUGUCUUUUCUUAGCAAAAAUAAUUAUGCAGGAAAGAUGUUUACUGGCGUAUACAGCGUGAAAUGAAAGUCUAAAAGUAUGUGUUAUUUGUUCAAAGUAUUGGAAUGUAGUGCAAUUUUUUUUUGCUGAUCUUUGAUUGGUGUACAACUAACCAAGAAACAAGUUUUUGAUUUGUUGUGAAGUCAAACCCAAUCAGAAAUAAUGAAUUCAAUAGCUUAUUUCAGAUGAUUUUAUCAGCUUCUCUGAGUAUGAUGUGAUAAUGAAAUUUCAUUCCACAAUUUUUUCAUUUUUUUUUUUAUUUUAAUUUCCAAAGACCGAUGUGAUUAAUUUGUCGAUGAUUUGUUCAACUGUUGCUAUUCUAAAAAUCUUCAAUGUUGACUGAUUACUUUAUGUCAGUUAUCAUUAUUCUGAUAUAAUUGUAAAUUGUGGUUGCCUAAUUUGCAAUAGUGAUACCCACAGUAUCAGCAAUGGAAGAAAGUGAAAGAACAGUCACAAGUGCAAUUUGUGAAAACAAAAAGAUCAAGGACUUUUCCGAAGAACUAGUUGAUUUUCCACACAUAGUUGAGUAUAUAAAAAAUCUUCAUGAUCUUAUAAAACUGCAGCAAACAGAACUUGAGGAAUUAAAAGUUAAACUACAUGAUCAUGAAAAAAAUUUUAGAAAUAAUGAAACCCAAACUGACAUAGUGGAGUCAGCAGAAAAUGCAUUAUCUCGCGAAUGGACUACUGAUAAUGAGGAGAAAGCAAGUAUAGUAGAUCAAGUAACAGAGGCUGCUGAAUCAGCAAUGAAACAGACUGGCUUUGUUUACGAAGAAACUACUGGACUGUACUACGACUAUAAUUCUGGAUACUACUACGAUGCAAAAUCAGGAUUGUACUAUAAUGGGAACACUGGGACUUAUUACUACUAUGAUAAAGAUAGUCAAUCUUACAAAUUUUAUAGUCAAAUUCAAAGUAAGCCAGAUGAUCCAAUACCUGCAGCAAAAAAUACUAAAGGAAAAGGAAAGAAAAGCAGAGAAAGCAAUAAGGUUUUAGAUGAUAUCCAUGAGAUAGUAACUGGCCUUUCCAGAAUAUCAAUUGAAAGAUACAGGCAACAUGCCUUAGGCGUAUCUAAAAUCUACCCACCGUGUAUGAGGAUAAUUGUAAAGGAGACAAAUCUUCCAAAUCUGAAAGUUGGUUCCUUGUUUAUGGUUACUUGCAUUGGAGGAUCUAUUGGAAGGGAGGGUGAUCAUUCAGUCACUGUACCAGACAUAAAUAUAAGCAAACACCAUGCAAGAUUACAAUACAACGAAGAAAAAAAGGUGUAUGAAGUAAUUGACCUGGGCUCAAGAAAUGGUACCUUACUAAAUGGAAACAGGCUUUCUGCAGCAAAGCAAGAAUCUGAACCAAGUGAAAUUAUUCAUGGAUCUAUAUUACAACUUGGUGCUACAAAACUGCUGUGUCAUAUUCACAGUGGUCAUGAAACAUGUGGUCACUGCGAGCCAGGUCUUGUGCAGUCUAAUGAUACAGCAAUGGACAGUUUAAUAUCUAUUAAAAGCAGAUACCAAUCGGAGCUGAGACGUUUAAAAUCCAAGUUUGGAGUUGACAAGGAUAAUACUCGUUCGGCAAGUCGUUUAGCUUCUGGUUACGAAGAUAGAGCACAGACCAGGCGAAAUCACGUUGGCUCAUCAAGUCAGCACGUUAAAACGCAACAGAGCUCUUUGCACGAAUCCAUAUCAAAGGACAAUAUGGGCUUCAAAAUGUUAUCCAAAAUGGGUUGGACAGAAGGAAAGUCUUUGGGAAAAAGUGGCGACGGAGUUUUAGAACCAGUGCCUUUGCUGCAGAACGUGGAGAAGGCCGGCUUCGGGGCGACCGGCGAGCAGAUCCAGAGCCUGCAGGAGGAUCCGAGCAGCAAGAAGAAGCAGGACAUCUGGAAGAAGACUCGGCAGCGCUUCGACGAUAUCGCGUGAUGAUGAUUCAGUGUAUUGAUUUUUUACCGGUCUCCAAGUAUAAAUAUACAGUGUACAGCAUCGAGCAUCGAA